AUACACACAAGCCCCAAAUCCACCAGCUUUUGUAGGCGGACCAGGGGCGGGACGACAGGACGCCCCGCCCAUAACCAAUCCCCGCCCCUUUCUCUUGCCCUAUUUGCGCCUCGGACUCUCCUGCUCUGUCCCAGCAGCCACCAGAUCCUAGUCCAGCUCACAGGAAGACAUGGCCUGGAAGAGCAACACUUGGUCCAGGGGAUUGGCCUGGGUCCUAUCACCAACCCUGGCAUGGAUACUACUAGAGGCCUGUGGCGGGAGUCAUCCACCACAGGCCAGGUCCCAGAGCGGCCAUGGGCUGGCAGCAGAACCAGGCACAGAACAGCUGCACCUGGAAAGGGACCCUCAGGCCUCAUUUCCCCAACCUUACCUGAUGAUCCAAGUCCCUGACUCACAUGGGGUCCCGUCACCAACGCCUUGUCCCUCAGAGGUGGACAGACCCCAGGCGUGGGGCCCCGGAGCUGCCCCUGAACGCUGUGGUACGCUGAGUCCCCGGUGCAGAUCCUUCCUGGGACACCUUCAGCGUGUGCUCCACCAUCGCCUCCGCCUGCUGCUGCUGGGGCUGCGCGGGGCCCCGUCACUUUGUGCAGAGCUCUGUGAGGCCUGGUUCACCAACUGCAAAGCUGAUAUCACCUGCGGCCCUACUUGGCCGCCGACCUCAGAAGACAGGGGUUGUGCGCCCAGCUGCCCCACCUAUGGGCAGACCUUUUCAGAUGGUGUGGACCUCUGUCGCUCAGUCUUCGGUGAUGCCCUGCCAGUGGCAGCUCCUGGCUCCUGCCAUUGCCUCAACCUCCCCACAUCGGUGUCCCCACGUUGCCGACCCAGCCGGAGCGCCCAGGAAAUUCGCCCCUCUGCCCAGGACACUGCAGGCAGCGGCAGCGGCAGUGGCAGUGGCCUGUAGCACACAUCUCCAGCAGCAACCCAAACUCUGGGC